AUGAGUUUCAAAACCGGAUGUUUAUUGUUGACAAUUGCUGUGGGAUGCUACAGUAACGAUCUUCCAACAGAUUCGGAUAAUGAACCAAACUCCAUCGGUUGGCAGAAUCAGAACUGGAAUAACAAUCCUUACCAGAAUUGGUACGGAAGUCCAAAUCAGUUCGACCAAUCUGACGGAUCUGGUGGUUAUGGCAACUAUGGAAAUCACCCUUUCUGGAUUGGUCCUAAACCACCCCCUGGCUAUGGCUAUGGGCAGGGUAGUGUAAGUAACCCAGGUAACGGUCAGGGAAGCUUUGGUCAAGGACCAAGUAGCUCCGGGCCUUGGCAAAGCGGCUAUGAGCAGGGGCAAAGUGGCUUUAAACCUGGACAGAAUGGAUUCGGACAAGGACAAAAUAGCUUCGGACAAGGUCAAAAUAGCUUUGGACAAGGACAAGGUGGUUUUGGACAAGGACAGACCAAUUUUGGACAAGAGCCUAACAGUUAUGGUAGUUUUGGUGUUUUCGGUCAAAAUCAACCUUUCGGAUUUGGUUAUAACCCAAACCACUACGCUGAUCAGGGUAAACCAGGACAGAUUAGUUUCGGACAUGGACAGAAUGGCUUCGGAAUUGGGCACGGGAAUCCUAUUGGACCAGAUCAUUUACAAAAUGGUCAUGAAACUGUAGGCAAUAAACCAAAUUUUUGGAGAAAUAGCGACGAGUCUGUAAAUAAAGAUGUUGUUGAACAGUUCAACGAUGCAUUAGGGCAAGAAAUAUUCAAUGGCCUUCCUACAGAUGGAAUUCGUAAAGGAAGCACCAGUAGUUGGCAACAAGGAUCUUGGAAUAACAAUCCAUAUCCAAUUUGGUACAUGAGCCCAUAUCAGCUCGGGCAGCUUUAUGGUCCCACUUAUUUUGGACAAAAUCAGCCAUUUGGUUAUAGACCAAACUCAAAUUAUGGUUAUGGACAAGUUGGUUACGGUAAUCCUGGCAAUGGACAUAAUUUCGGAUAUUGGCCAAAUGGCUUCGGUCAGGGACAGAGUGGUAACGGUAAUGGGCAGAUCGGGUUUGGUCCCAAUCCCGGUCUACCACCAAUACAAAACAAACCAAACGCAUUUGAUAAAAUAGACGACUCUGCAACGAAGGAAGUUGAAAGUCAUAUUGAUGGUGUUUUUGGAGAAGAAUAG